CCGAAAAUAUGUAUAUGUCUGAAGAUAGAAUUCGGAGUAUAAUUCACGACGUCUUCAAGUCUGAGAUGAACAACCUAGUCGUUAAAGUCACCGAGUCAAUGGCUGUUGUUCUAAAAGAGAAAUUUGAUGACAUCAAGGAACAAAUUGAGGGCAUUGAAAGGUCAGUUAACUUCAUAAGUGACGAAUACGACGCUAUGAAAACUCGCUUGGAUACCUUGGAGGCUGGGCAUAAGGAAUAUGUGAGGCGCUUUCAUGAAAUCGCUAGUAAUAGUGGCGAACAAAAGGCGGCUAUACUAGAAGCAAAAAUAGAUUCCAUGGAACAACAGGCGCGCCAGUGCAACAUUGAGGUCUGUAAUUUGCCGGAAAAAAGAAAUGAAAACUUGUUAACUAUUACAGAGUCGAUAUGUAGUACCAUAAAUUCACCGGUAUCGCACAAUGAUAUUAUAUCCGUACACAGAGUGCCCCAUGCGCGCCAACAGGAUACUAAACCUAAGAAUUUGAUAGUCAAAUUCAGGUCGCGGAUCAUUCGUGACAACGUACUUAGCGCCUAUCGUAAUGCGAAGAGCAUCAAGUCUGACCAGAUCGGAAUAUCAGGCGCUUCUGUUUCUGUCUACCUGAAUGAACACCUGACUCUAAAGAAUAAGGCGUUAUUUCGUGAGGCCAAAAUACUUGCUAAGAAAAGUGGAUUUAAAUAUGUUUGGGUCAGAAACGCAACCAUACUUGUGCGUGAGAGAGACAACGACAAGUCAUUCGCGAUUCGCUCCGUUGAAGACCUCAAUAAGAUCGUUGCUAGUAAGAAGAAUGGUACAAAUAGCGCCAACUAAUGAUUUUAAAGACACUAUUAUAUUUUGUAUUAAUGUUUUUUCCCCCUGCUUACUGCUUUUAUGUGUUAAAUUAUUUGCCUACACAUACAAUUCCGCUGUACUACGCCUAUAUUGCUGUUAUUUCUUGUUUUUUCCUAACGACUUGUUUGUAAUCUGCUUGCUGUUAAUUGAAACUACAACUUUUCUUCAGUUUGAUAAAUAUGUCCCAUGUAUAUUGAUUUUUAAUUGCAAAUUACUUAAAUUAUUUUUUUUAU